UAUAAACAUGGUGUAGAAGUGGUAAAUAAAAAUGGAAGCAGAAGAAUAUAAGAAACUUCUUGAGCAGCAGUCUCAAUUGGUAGCCGUGAUGCAGCAACAAAUGCUCAUGCUACAAGAGCAAGUAAAAAAUGUCACAUCGCCAGAUGUUAAAAGCCGCGUGUCCGUGCCCUGGCCACAACCUUUAGAAGUAGAUGAUGGCGAUCCUUAUGAAAAUCUUACCUUUUUCAAGAGCCGCUGGGAAGAUUAUUGCCUUGCUACCGGAAUGAAUACUUGGAGUACCGAAAAAGAUGAAACAAAAGCCGGCCUUCUCCUCAGCGCAAUCGGUAGCAAAGCCAUGAAAAAAUAUAUGGAUUUUGGCUUGUCUGAGAUAGAGAAGAAGAGUCAAAAUGAAAUAUUAGCAAAAAUGGAAAAGGUCAUAUUUCAAAAAACAAAUGUAAUAUACUCGAGGUACUUGUUCAAUAUCAAAAACCAGAAUGAAGAAAGCUUUGACGAGUAUUUACUGGCUCUGAAGAAAUUGGCUAAAAGAUGCGAUUAUAAAGAGUUUGAGGAAGAGAUUUUAAGAGACAGAAUUGUGGUGGGAAUAAAAGAUGGUGAAGUGAUAAAAGAGUUGCUAAAAAAGCAAGAUCUAACUUUAGAAACAGCCAUCAAUAUCUGUCGUGCUUCUGAGGGUGCUGCUGCACAAGUUGCAGAUCUAAAAAAAUCUGAAGAGGUCAACAAGAUUAUCAAAAAAAAGCUAAAGCUGGAUAAGGACACACCUAAAAAGUGUAAAUUCUGUGGAGGUGUUCAUGUAUAUCAAAAGAAAGUAUGCCCAGCCUGGGGACAGCGUUGUGAAGAAUGUGGGGGCCGAAACCAUUUUAAAAGGGUUUGUAAGAAGCGGGGAACGGUAAAAGAAUUACAAGAAGACUCGGAUGACAGUGUAAUCAUAGCGGAGGUGAGGCACAAUGAAGAGUCAGGUCAUGCUGAGGCACCACUGUUGUUCCAUAUUGGUGAGAAAAAACAGAAAAUAUACUGUGCUUUGGACACAGGAGCUGCAGUUUGUGUGAUGGGAGCAGAAUAUUAUAAAAAGUUAACGGGUCAAAAGGAUUUAUUGGCUUUGACUCCACCAGUAAAAAAGCUGAAAGCUUUUAACGGCUCUCCCAUCAUUAAUUAUGGAAGUGCAUCCUUCAUAGUCACCAGAAAGAAUAAGGAUUAUAAAUUAAACUUUCACAUUGUUAAUGUAAAACAUGAACCGCUUUUAUCAGAGAAAGCUUGUGUAGCUCUGGGCUUUAUUCAAUACUGUGAUGAAGUAUCAACAGAGCUGGAUCGUUCUAAAGCAGAGCAAAUAAUGAAACAAUAUGAAGAUGUCUUUGAGGGUUAUGGCAGCCUCCCAGGUGAAGUGUCAUUAGAGCUGGAUGAAUCAGUUCCGGCCCGGAUUCAGCCUGCACGUCGAGUCCCAGUUGCACUAAAAGAAAAAUUAAGAAUGGAACUGGAACAACUAGAAGCUGAUGGCAUCAUAGUAAAGGAGACGCAGCACACAGAUUGGGUGGCUCCGUCUCCCGUUCGGGCUCUGUUCAUCGCCUGAGAUCUUCCAGCAACAACUCACCAGUCUCCUUAAGGAUCUAAAAGGCAUUGAGAUUAUAGCUGAUGAUAUUUUAAUUUAUGGAGUUGGAGAGAC